AUGCCAUUGAGCCUUCAUCCAAGCAACAAGCAAGUGUAUGUCAUUGAGAUUCCGUCGGAUAGUUCACUUGGUAGAAGCGACGCUGACUUCUCGAACAUCAACCAUUGGCUUGUGGAUAUGGAGGGCAACCACCUAUGCAAUCCAAUGGUGCAAGUUUUUGCCAACGGCAAGCUGGGUACUUUGAAAGGUGGUCUUUUGCACUUGUCAGAUGCCCGGAGUGUUCUGUCAAAGGAGGAUUUGUGUGAUCUUGCCAUGGAGGAUACAAGCGUGAGGCUGACCAACAAAAGGAAAUGUAUGCAAGAUGCUCAAGAAGUUGGUUCUAUGAAACGGCAUUGCUCGGAUCAAAGUCUGGCGGAUUCCGAGGAAGCCCUUUCGAAAUUGCAAGAGAAAGAAAACGAGUUGACGCAGAAGCUUGCUCUCUUCAACCAAGUCCUUGCUCAAAUGACAGCUCCAAACUCCAAUCGGCCUGAGAAGUCUGAGGAUGACACCUGGAUCGAUCACUUUAAGCUGCUUGUGGGAAGUGACAUCCCAGAGGCUCCUGCGACCUUUCAAAACAGCUCUCUGUCCUACCAGGAGGUGCUCAUUCGGCUUGCCCAGCACAUAGGCUUUAUCACCACCGCAUUGCAGAAAGCAAAGAAUGGUCACGCGCGAGCUGUUCAAAAGAAAUUGAUCAAAGAGAAGCACUUAGCGAAAAAAGAACAGAGACUCAAGAGGAAGGUUGAGGAAACUUUUGGAGAGAAUGCUGAAUUGGAGCGGAAGAAGAUGAAAUCCAAGCAGCGGCGCAGACAACAGUACUUUGCCAAAAAGAAGUCCAAGGCCAAAGCAAAAACUUUGAAGCGUCGAGCGCGCCAGUACAAGACCAUUGACAAUGGCGAGUUCCCUCAACCUCUCAGAGCACCCCGCAGAGUCAUCACUAUUGAGAAGAAGCUCAGCGUAUUGGACAGGUGGGAGGAAUUGGUUGAGCAGAAGAAGAAAGCUCAAGAAGCUGCCCAAGAACCUCGACCAGUGGGUGUUCCCCGCGCCAAGAUGAAGGAAUGGAAGGCAGCCGUCAAGGAGGCCAAGAAAAAAAGCAGAUUGGCUCUGUUGAAAACAAUCCGACAUGAAUUCCCAGACAUUGUCGGUGGUUGCCAGCCUUUCAAGUGGAAGAAAACAGCAGAGCGAGAGGGGUGGAGGCAUUUGCCACAGUUUAUCCAGGCCAGAUGUUCAGCCACAGCGAAUGAAUGGCGAAGUAGACUGAGUCUUGCGAAGAAAGGUAGGUCCAUCGGUGGUGCUGUGCCUCAUUGCAUUCAGCGCGAAUUGGAUUUGCUGAUCAUGGAGCACUCAUCGGGCAUGUCAGGAGUGUCGGAGCGCAAAGAAAUUGUGACAAUGGAGCAUGUUGCAACGACGGUAAGCUCACUGGUCAAAGACUGGAAUGAGAGUCUGGAUGGCCGAGUGAACAUGGUACAGGAGUGGAACAGGUCCAUUGAGCAAGACUUCAAUGAUGGCAAGAUCUCUGCCGAGGCUGCGCUAGCAGGAUACGAGCCUGUCCCACAAAAGAUACCCACCCCAACUACUGCAUGGGUGCGAUGGUGGAAGUCAACAUGGGGGUGGAGUAUGCUAACAAGAGCUGGAGAAGAGAGCACGUGGCUUCCAUACGAUCACCCAGACAUGGAAGCCAGCAGGCGGCAUACGGCUAGCUUGAUUUCCGAGAAGGGGGUCCACAAGUAUCUAAUUUUGAAUUAUGAUCAACUGUGGCGCAAUUGUUGGCAAAUGAGUCACUACAAGCUAUGCUUUAAGCAUCGCAGUGGAGCAGGAAAGCGGGUGCGUAAGCUGGCUGCAGGUAUGCGUGAGGACAAGAAGAUUCAUUCUGUACGCGGCAGUCGCAGGAGCGUGACCGUUCUCACAACGUCAUGGUCCGAUGGCACGCCAGGGCCAAUUGCCUUCUGUGUGGCUGAGGGUCACAUAAGCGGCCAAGACAUUGUGGACUACAAUCUCAAGAACUAUGGCCGGAGUAUGGUGGUGACCUCCGGAGGAUCCAGUCAUUUCAUGACAGGGGAGACAAUGAUGAUCAUGAUGGAGCAAUUGAUAUCGCCGGCUCUGAAAUUGCAACGUGAACGGCAUGGCCUGAGCGAUCAGGAUCGCGCAGCACUGCUGUGUGAUGCUUGGACUGGCAGCUUCUCAAAACAUGGCGGACUUGACUUUCGAAGGAGCACUUGGUUCACAUCGCAUAACUGCGAACCGCCACGCCUCCAACCUGGUGGCUGGUCCACCCAUGGCCAGCCUGUUGACUCCAUGCACCAGAGCUUUCGACAGGAGAUUCGCAAGGUGGAUCUGGCAUCAACAGGGCAUGUAUGCGAUUUGCGCAACAGGGCACGCUUUGAAGACCUGGACAUAAAGGCAUCGGGCCAGAUUGCAGCUUCAGUCCAGAACAUGCGCCGUGUGCUGGAACUCUCCCUUCAAGCUUGGAACUCGAUUCCUAUCCGAGUUUUUCAAGCAAGCUGGAUAGUGACGGGGUACUUUGAGUCCAGUCACUUUCCACCAAUCGAUCAGACUCCUUCUGACAUUGGUGCCGCUCAGAAGGUGCUGGAUCCGGCUGGAGUGAGUGGAGGGUCUUUGCCAGGAACUCCUCAGUUUUGUCACAAAUAUGAGUGGCAAGUGCAGGAUGAAGACACGCCGGAUGAGUGGCAUGGGCUGCCAUACGAGAUCGCUCAUGCUAUUGUGCGAUGUGUCACAAUGCAUGGAAAGGCAUUCUUGGACGCCAAGAGAGAACUUCAUGCCCAAAAGCAAGUCGACCUCUCCGGAAAGAAGCCCAAAACCUUGAAGUUGAAAUCGGCGUUUGAGGCGCUUCAUGAAUCAAAGCGCUACUCCGUGAUGAACCGAAGAACUGGCUGGGUGGCGACUUCCGAGUGGUUAAACACCCAUGUGAAGGUUGCAGAGGAUGGGAAACCACACCCCAAGAAGGAGAAAGGCAAACUGUGGAUCCUAACCAUCCACAUCAAGAUUGUCGGCCCCAACAUUGACGUGCGUUUUAGUCCUUCUGAUGGCAAGCCCUUCCGAGCUGUUCGAUGCCUCUCUCUCGAAGGUGGAGCAGUGAAUGCAAAGCUCACGUCCAUAGUCUCAGGAUACGAGCAUUUGCUGACUGAUGAUGAUGAUGCAGAAGCUCAUUUGAUUUGA